UCCCCCCCUCCCCCUCCCUCUCUGAGCCUUUGCCUCUAAUCUCCGUUCGGGAGCCGAGCGGAGCGGAGCCGGAUUACAGACGCUGCUGCGGCCCGAUCCGAUCGUCCUGCCAGGACAUCACAGGACCGCCGGGUCCAGGAGACGCAGAGGAUGAUGAUGGUCCACCAGUGACGAAGAGCAGCAAGAUGUACGAGGAGAACGGCAGAGGGAGCGCUCGCAACGGCUACGCCACGACGGAGGAUGGAGAGGAGGGGGGCGGAGAGGAGGAGGCGGAUGGAGGGGGAGGAAGUGGAGGAGGAAGAGACGAGGAAGAGGAAGCAGAGUGGGACGAGGAGCUGGACGGAGGAGAUGAAGGUGGAGUGAGGAUGACGAGAACCGACACGCUUCACUCCACCACGAGCUCCACUGGAACGCAGAGAAGAAGAGGACAACACGCCAAGAAACAGGUGCAGGGCAGCAACCAGGUCCAGCGGGCCCCCAGAGCGUUGUUCUGUCUGAAGCUCAACAACCCGAUCCGACGUGCCGCACUUCACAUCGUCGAGUGGAAACCGUUCGAUAUCUUUAUCCUGUUAGCCAUCUUUGCUAACUGCGUAGCUCUGGGAGUUUCCAAACCGUUUCCUGAAGAUGACUCCAACUCCACCAACCACGACCUGGAACAAGUGGAGUACGUCUUCCUCAUAAUCUUCACCAUAGAAACUUUCCUGAAGAUCCUGGCCUACGGUCUGGUGAUGCACCCAAGCUCCUACAUCCGCAACGGCUGGAACCUGCUGGACUUCGUCAUCGUCAUUGUUGGGUUAUUCAGCGUUGUCCUGGAGACGAUGACUCAUAAGUCAAGUGGCGAGCAGGCAACCACUCACCACAUGCCAGGGAAGCCGGGAGGUCUGGACGUCAAAGCUCUGAGAGCCUUCAGGGUGCUGCGACCCCUCAGGCUGGUCUCUGGAGUCCCCAGUCUGCAGAUCGUCCUGAACUCCAUCAUGAAGGCAAUGGUUCCUCUGCUACACAUCGCUCUAUUGGUUCUCUUCGUCAUCAUCAUCUACGCCAUCAUUGGCUUGGAACUUUUCAUCGGACGAAUGCACAGGACCUGCUAUUACAUCAGGACAGAUAACUAUGUGGAGGAUGAGCCGGUGCCGUGUGCGUUCGCCGGACAUGGCCGCCAGUGCACUGUGAACGGCUCUGAGUGUCGGGGCCGGUGGGACGGUCCCAAUGGUGGAAUCACCAACUUUGAUAACUUCUUCUUUGCCAUGUUGACGGUGUUUCAGUGCAUCACCAUGGAGGGAUGGACCGAUGUGCUGUACUGGAUGAACGACGCCAUUGGCUUUGAGCUGCCCUGGGUAUAUUUCGUCAGUCUAGUGAUUUUUGGAUCCUUCUUUGUUCUCAAUCUGGUUUUGGGAGUCCUCAGCGGGGAGUUCAGUAAGGAAAGGGAGAAGGCCAAAGCCCGGGGAGACUUCCAGAAGCUCCGGGAGAAGCAGCAGAUGGAGGAGGAUCUGUGUGGAUACAUGGACUGGAUCACUCAGGCGGAGGACAUGGAUGAACUGGACGAGGACGGAAACCCACGGCCGUCCCUGGGGGAUCUGUCCGAUAAAAAGAGGAAGUUUGGCUGGUUCAGUCAUUCCAAUGACACUCAUGCGAGUCUUCCAGCGAGUGAGACAGCUUCAGAGAACACCGAGAACAUCGAUGAAGAACACACCAACUGCUGCCAAGCCUGCUGUGCUUCUGUGAUGAAGAUCAGCUGCUGCCAGACGUUGCGUCGCUGGAACCGAGUCUGUCGCAGGAACUGCCGCACCGCUGUCAAAUCGGUGACGUUCUAUUGGCUGGUUCUCCUGCUGGUCUUUCUGAACACCUCACUCAGCGCCUCCGAACAUUACAACCAGCCCGACUGGCUGACUCAAGUCCAGGAUAUCGCCAACAAGGUGCUGCUGUCUCUCUUCACGGUGGAGAUGCUGCUGAAGAUGUACAGCUUGGGUCUGGCACAUUACUUUGUGGCCUUCUUCAACCGCUUUGACUGCUUCGUGGUGUGUGGUGGGAUCAUCGAGACCAUUCUGGUGGAGCUGGAGAUCAUGCCUCCACUGGGGAUCGCUGUGCUGCGCUGCGUCCGCCUGCUGCGCAUCUUCAAGGUCACACGCCAUUGGACGGCUCUGUCCAACCUGGUGGCCUCCCUGCUGAACUCCAUGAAGUCCAUUGCCUCCCUGCUGCUGCUCCUCUUCCUCUUUCUCAUCAUUUUCGCUCUGCUCGGCAUGCAGCUGUUCGGAGGAAAGUUUAACUUCGAUGAGACACAGACCAAGCGGAGCACUUUUGAUGCCUUCCCGCAGGCGCUGCUCACCUGCUUCCAGAUCCUGACAGGUGAGGACUGGAAUGUGGUCAUGUACGAUGGCAUCAUGGCGUACGGCGGCCCGGUGUUCCCAGGCAUGAUCGUCUGCAUUUAUUUUGUCAUCCUCUUCAUCUGUGGCAACUACAUCCUGCUGAACGUCUUCUUGGCCAUUGCUGUCGACAAUCUGGCUGGAGGCGAUGGGGAUGACAAGAAGAAAGAAAAGAAGACUGAGGGUGAGGGAGAGGAGGAGGCCGAAGGAGAAGUGAAGGUGGACAUCGAUGAAGAUACAGAGUAUGAGGAGGAAGAGGAGCUUCCUGAAGGAGAAGACGACGGAGGCGUCCAGCUGAAGAUGGCUGACCUUGCUCCUCCUAAAGAGAAAGUUCUUCCCAUCCCAGAGGGCAGCGCCUUCUUCUGUCUCAGCAAAACAAACCCGAUCCGUGUCGCCUGCCACACGCUCAUCCAUCACCACAUCUUCACCAACCUCAUCCUCGUCUUCAUCAUCCUCAGCAGCUGCUCAUUGGCUGCUGAGGAUCCAAUCAGAGCGCACUCCUUCAGGAACAACAUUCUGGGUUACGCUGACUACGCCUUCACCUCCAUCUUCACCGUGGAGAUUCUGCUGAAGAUGACGGUCCAUGGCGCGUUCCUCCACCAGGGAUCCUUCUGCAGGAACUGGUUCAACCUGCUGGACCUCCUGGUCGUCAGCGUCUCACUCGUCUCCUUCUUCCUGCACUCCAGCGCCAUCUCUGUGGUGAAGAUCCUUCGAGUCCUCCGGGUGCUGCGACCUCUCAGAGCCAUCAACAGGGCCAAAGGACUGAAGCAUGUGGUCCAGUGUGUGUUUGUGGCCAUCCGGACCAUCGGGAACAUCAUGAUCGUCACCACGCUGCUGCAGUUCAUGUUCGCCUGCAUCGGCGUCCAGCUCUUCAAGGGGAAGUUCUACCGCUGCACCGACGAGGCCAAGAGCACUCCGGAACAGUGCAAAGGAACCUUCGUCGUCUACAAGGACGGAGACGUGAGCCACCCCAUGGUCAGGGAGCGCAUCUGGCUGAACAGUGACUUCAACUUCGACAACGUCCUGAUGGGGAUGAUGGCGCUCUUCACCGUGUCCACCUUCGAGGGCUGGCCCGCACUCCUCUACAAAGCCAUCGACGCCAACGGAGAGAACUCGGGUCCGAUCUACAACUACAGGGUGGAGAUCUCCAUCUUCUUCAUCGUCUACAUCAUCAUCAUCGCCUUCUUCAUGAUGAACAUCUUCGUGGGUUUUGUCAUCAUCACCUUCAGAGAGCAAGGAGAGCAGGAGUACAAGAACUGUGAGCUGGACAAGAACCAGCGUCAGUGCGUGGAGUACGCCCUGAAGGCUCAGCCUCUGAAACUCUACAUCCCAAAGAACCCGGUUCAGUACAAGUUCUGGUCCAUCAUCAAUUCCACGGGGUUUGAGUACGUCAUGUUCGUCCUGAUUCUGCUCAACACCGUCACACUGGCCGUGCAGCACUACGAGCAGUCCAAGACCUUCAGCUACGUCAUGGACAUCCUCAACAUGGUCUUCACCGGACUCUUCACCGCAGAGAUGCUGCUGAAGCUGCUGGCCCUGCGGCUCCGGCACUACUUUGUGGACGCCUGGAACUCCUUCGACGCUCUAAUCGUGGUCGGCAGCGUGGUGGACAUCGUGGUGACAGAGUUCAGCAGCGGCGAGGACAGCUCCAGGGUGUCCAUCACCUUCUUCCGCCUGUUCCGAGUGAUGCGACUGGUCAAGCUCCUGAAUAAAGGGGAGGGGAUUCGCACGCUGCUGUGGACAUUCAUCAAAUCACUGCAGGCGCUGCCGUAUGUCGCUCUGCUCAUUGCCAUGAUCUUCUUCAUCUACGCUGUCAUCGGCAUGCAGACGUUCGGGAAGAUCGCGAUGCAGGACUACACUCAGAUCAACAGAAACAACAACUUCCAGACGUUUCCUCAGGCUGUCCUGCUCCUCUUCAGGUGUGCCACAGGUGAAGCGUGGCAGGAGAUCAUGCUGGCCAGCCUUCCAGGGAAACGCUGCGAUCCGGAGUCGGACUACGAACCAGGAGAGGAGUUCAGCUGCGGAAGCAACUUCGCCAUUGUUUACUUCAUCAGCUUCUUCAUGCUGUGUGCUUUCCUGAUCAUCAACCUGUUUGUUGCCGUCAUCAUGGACAACUUCGACUAUCUGACGCGUGAUUGGUCCAUCCUGGGGCCGCAUCAUCUGGAUGAAUUCAAAAGGAUCUGGUCAGAGUACGAUCCAGAGGCCAAAGGUCGGAUCAAACAUCUGGAUGUGGUGGCGCUGCUCCGGAGGAUCCAGCCUCCUCUGGGGUUCGGCAAGCUCUGUCCGCACAGGGUGGCCUGUAAGCGCCUGGUGGCCAUGAACAUGCCUCUGAACGCUGACGGCAUGGUGACCUUCAACGCCACACUAUUCGCUCUGGUUCGCACCGCGCUCAAGAUCAAAACCGAAGGUAGCCCUGAGCAGGAGAAUGAGGAGCUGAGGGCGAUCAUCAAGAAAAUCUGGAAGCGGAUGAAGCCGAAGCUGCUGGAUGAGGUCAUCCCGCCACAUGAAGAGGAGGAAGUCACCGUCGGGAAGUUUUAUGCAACUUUCCUCAUUCAGGAUUAUUUCAGGAAGUUCAGGAAGAGGAAGGAGAAAGGAAACGUGACGGGAGAGUCUGACUCUACGAAUCCAUCUGCUGUUCAGCUGUGUAAGGCGGGUCUGAAGACGCUGCAGGAUCUGGGUCCAGAGAUGCGUCUGGCUCUGAACGAAGACCUGGAGGACGAGGAGGAGGCGCUGAUGGACGGCGACGAUCUGGAGAAGAACGCUGCCUACAAGGCCGAGAACGGAUUUGGACCAGAGACUCGACGAGGCUCCAUGCUGACACCUACUGGCGAUGGCGGCGUCUCAAACGGCGGUCUCAUCCACCGAGUCGGGUCGCUCAGCAUGAUGGCAAAUGGAAACGAACAUGACGAGCAUCUUCGUCGUGGAGACAGCGUGAGGUCAUCAGUGAGUCAUCUUCGCCGGCCGUCCGUGCAGAACAGCCUGACAGACUCCGCCCACAAGAGACCGUCGUACUACAAAUAUGGACGGAGAGACUCCAGGGACAGAUCCUGGAGGAACGGAGACGUGGAUGUCUACGGAGAGCAGGGUUAUCACAGCCGAGAGGAGGACAAUGAGAGCAUCAGCUCCAGAGACAGACAUUACCCCGACGACUCGUCGCUGUACAGAGACCACCGCGAUAGCCACGCCCCCUACAGCAACGGUAGCUAUGGCGACAGUUACAGUGAGGGCAGGAGGACGACUCGCAGACGCUUACUUCCUGCCACUCCCACAGGCCGGAAACCGUCCUUCAAUAUCCAGUGUCUGAGGCGGCAGGGCAGCAGCGACGACCUGCCAAUUCCCGGGACGUAUCACCCGACAUCACCGCCGCGCCGCGCGCGACCUCAGGUUUUCAGCAGCUACGACUCCCGCCGUUUGUCCACCCGCUCUGCCGCCGUGUCCUCGGCGUCCUGGGCCAAGUCGUGCCCCCGCCGCGGGCGGCUCCUCUACGCGCCGCUCAUCCUGGUGGAGGAGGAGGGUAGCCCGCCCUGGGGGGGCGAGGGCAAGAACGGAGGGGCAGCAAGAGGAGCAGCAGAUGGACCGCCCUGGUUCAGUGGAUCAGCCGGGAGCUCAGCUCCGCCCCCGUACCGGGCCUACACCACCCUCAGGGUUCCCUCGCAGCUCGGCGCUCCGUUCGCUGAGAAACGGGGAUCGGCCGACAGUCUGGUGGAGGCGGUUCUGAUCUCGGAGGGACUCGGCCUCUACGCACGAGACCCCAAGUUCGUCGCGUUCGCCAAGCGAGAGAUCGCAGACGCGUGUCACAUGACGGUGGACGAGAUGGAGUCGGCGGCCAGCGACCUGCUGAGCUCCGGGAGCCACGACUUCCUGAACACCAUCGGCGACGACCCGGCGGCACUCUACAGCGACGAGGAGCCAAUCAGGACGAGCCGCGAGGAGGAGGAGCUAGCUGACGAGAUGGCCUGCGUGACCUCAUUCUGAGGAUCCACCAAUCAGAGAAGAAGGAGGCGGGGCCAAGACUGCCGGCCAAUAGGAGGAUAGAGGUGGGGUUUGCUGAAAGGUGCUGGCCAAUAGGAGCGGUUCGCGCUACAGGACAGAAACGUAGAGGAAGUUAAAAUGUGAUUGUGGAAGAAAUGGAUCAGAACCAUAAACUGGUCAGGUUCAGCUUCCUGUGACCCGGUUCUGAGGAUAUGACGGUCUAACCAGGAUCGGGUUUAAUCACGGCUGACACUAAAGUUAUCAGUACUGAGAGGAGAGGGUCACAGGUUCUGACCUGGUUAGGCCCGUUACCAUGGAGAUUCACCGUCUGAGAGGCUCGUUGAUUUUUCUAGAUGUAAAUAAACCAGAAUUUCUCUUGACUUUGCACCGAUAAUCUGUGAACGUUAGAACCGAGUCCAUUAAACUGUAAUAUGUUCUGGUUCUGGUCGGAUCGGAUUUCUGGGCUUAAGGUAGGAGGACAGAUUCAGAUGAAAAAGGUUUUGACAUUUUUUAAUGUGUAAAAAUGAGCAGGUGGAUUUAUUUCUGUCCUUAUUUAUUCAUUUAUUCAAGUUGUAAAACACACAGAGCCGCUGUUUGUUUUACAGAUAAAGGAAAGUAACAAGUUGAAAAUAUGAAACUUAUUUUGACCUUAAUCUGAGCUGAUUUUAUAACUAAUAAAAAGACAAUAUUUUCUAAUAGUUUCUCCAGUUUAUCCGACCAAAUCUGGACGCAUUUAGAUUUGAUUUGGUGAUUCGUUUGAACGGAGUUGAGUUUCCUCCACCGGGCGCCAUCGACCUCCAGGGCUAUGACAUCAUCAGGUGAUGAGGAAAGAGCAUCUGUGAGCUGAUGAUGAAGAUGAUGAUGAAGAUGAUGAUGUCAGCGGUUUGUGGCGCUGGGCCUCCUGCCUCACAUGAACUCAGAUCAUUCAGUCUCUCUCUCCGCAGGUCCGGCUCGUUUUUCUACUUGUGGUGUUUUUUAUGCUGAUGACCGACUCAUCUUGUUCUUGUUGUCGUGUUUUUAUCUCUUCCGACCCGUUGGACUUUUCCCCAGAACUCUUUAAGGGCUUUUGAUUCCUGCUCAGACGCUGAGGAGCUGCUCUGCCUGAAUCUGUUUUCCUUCCAAUAAAGAUCCAGAUCACGCUCUG